AUGGCAAACCAGGUGAAUGAGCUCAUGCAUCUUAAAUAUGAGCGAGCUCACUUGGCAUACCUACAGUCUAUUGAGAGUGUCUGGGAUGCAGAGGCUGGGGUGCAUGGACAGAAGACCAUCGAGCAGUUUGUGAGGAAAAGCAACACACCACGUCCUUUCUCCUCCUAUGAAGACCCUAAAGGUUGGUGUGGUGUCUCCGUGUCAAGCUUCUACCUCACAGAUUGUUUACUGGAGGAGUACAGGCGUCAAGAGCCAGCCUUGUCAAGACUCCUUCAAGGCACGUUUGGGCAGGUCUUCAGGUCUGAUCACACCAGGAAGGUUGCCCGAAAAGUCACCCUAGCAUCUGGGACCAUGUCCAGUUAUGCAGUAAUGAAUGAAAACUGGUUAAUUGUUUCCUGGGUAAUGGUCCAGUCCGAAACCGAGAGAUCCUUGGAACCAAUGUACCAGGGGAUGGCCAAGAGGUACACGGACGCUGGAGUGGAGAAGGCAGGCUUCCACUGGGUGGACAGAGAUUGCUGUGCUUCAUUCAGGAUCUCAGACAGUAUCCCUUCUGAGCAUCUAAAUUGGGACGCCUGGAAGACGACCCCUUCCAUUGUGUGUGAAGCAACUGCUGGUCCCCUGGCGAAUACUUGUGCCUCCAGGUCAUGCUUUAAUAACAACAUUGUAGUGAAGCUGGACUUGUUCCACUGUCUGCAGCGCUUUUCAAGGCAGUGCACAUCAGAACAUCACCCUCUUUUUAGUAGUUUCUGCCAGCUUCUGUCUGCUGCUUUCACUGUGGUGGAUCAGGAGGAUCUGAAGAAGCUCAAGGAGGCCUAUGUAUUCUGCGGUAUCCUGCCAGCAAACCCAACAAAACAGCACACACGGGAGCACUGCAGGACCAGGAUACCACAGCCCACAGAGCUACUGGACAGAGUGGAGAGGGUGAUGAAACACUUUCACCUGGCCAAGGAUCCCAAUGAUGUGCCGUUAUUCAAGCCAUCCAUGCUUAAGACCUGGCGGAUUCAAAGAGUCCACAUUCUUCGUGGAUGUUUGAGUGACCCUGAGCUGUCGGAAGGGAUCAUGUACAGGUAUGGUGGAACCCUUCAGCUCAACCACGUGCCCGGAGAAGGUGCAAAGGUCCCCAUCUGGAUUCCUGUCAGGGGUACAUCACAGCAGGAGGGAUACCAUUUCCAUCAGGCCCAGUGGGUCACUGGAAAUCUGGUCUCCACUGAGUUGUUCCAGGCUCAAGGGAUGACAGGAGUUGUGCGCUGGAACUAUAAGAGACUGGUGGACCUUAAGCAGCCUGGAGUUGUCCUUCCUGCAGUGUUUGAUCCAGCUUUAAUAGCUGAAUUAAACACUGCGUCCAAGAGAGUUACUGGCCAGGAAAAGUAUCCAGCACUCCAAAUUUCCAACAGGGACACUGGAGAAAAAUUUGGCCUGGAUUACAUAGAGCCAGGCUGCCGGCCAGUACCUCUGGACUGGGACAAGUACAGGACUGUGAAAAGGGAGGUACCACCUGCUUUAGCUCCACAGUUUCCUCUGUCACCAUCCACCUGUGAACAAGUUCCGUCCUCUCCUGUACUUGCUGUAAGACCAUCAGCAGCACAACCAGCCAGCAGUUCCUCCUGUGCAGAAUAUGAGGACAAGGGGAUCCUUCAAGAAAUCUUACAAGAUUCUCCAACAAAGACUUCACUUCCUCUGCCUCAGCGAUCCUCACCACGGAGUGCCCGCACUGGACCUGUGAAGACAGGUGGACGGGUCUUUGUGUUGGACCACACACGCUGGACACCACCGAUGAAGGAGGUGAUUGAUGGCUUGCUGCAAAAACACCAUGGGGAGAAGGAAAUCCUAAAGAUCGUGGAUAAAGAAUAUGCCCAAGUUGUUAUUCAGGCCGCCACAGAUCCCAACAGCUUGGUACAUCCGACAACCAAAUUUCAUAUUGCACGUUACGUAAAGCACAUAGCAAAGCUAUUAAACACCAGCUCCUCAAUGAAUACCAGCCCGGAAAAGCUUCAAGAAACCCAGGAACUGUGGCACAGUUUAACUGAGGGAAGCCAAUCAACCACUGUUCCUGUGACCACCAUUGAGCCGGCCACCUUCAAUCCACCUGCACCUGCUUUUUCCACUUCUGUCACACAAGAGGCUAUCAAGAAGAUUGUUGAGGACAUUUUAUCUAAGCAGCAGCAGCAACAGCAGCAACAACAGCCUGAACAGAAAAAAAGGAAGACAAAGACUUGUCUUUCCUGUGGACAGCCAAAGUCUCGUUAUGAGAAUGAUGGUUCUUCCAUCCAUUUCUUUUUCCAACAGGGACCUGUUCGUUACUUCUACUGCUCCAAAAAAGUGCAUGAUACUUACGCAGCUGAAGGACUUUCUAACCCAAAGAUGUCUUUUGAGGAAUUUUCCACAACAUCCUUCUUUCAAAGAGAACUGCAGGAAACAAAGAAGCGUGUUGGGGAAAAAACUGAUAAGAAGAGAAAAACGACAGAAACGCAGCCAACGGGGCGUGUUUUCUCGGAGUGA